CGCACAAGCGCACGCCCUCCUCGCCGCGGACCAACUCCCAAACCCCCACCCGGCUCCCACCCCACCCACAAGAGCCCAACGCGAGCGGCGGCCAUGGUGCGGUGCAGCAACGGCCUGCUGGGCCUCCUGAACGCGGGGGUUCUGGUCCUCGCGGUCGUCGCGCUGGGGGGCGGCGCGUGGCUCAGCCACCGCGCGUCCACCACCGACUGCGAGCGGUUCCUGGAGCGGCCCGUCAUCGCGCUGGGGGUGCUCCUCCUCGUGCUCUCCCUCGCGGGACUCGCGGGCGCGCUCUGCCGCGCCUCCUGCCUCCUCUGGCUCUACCUCCUCGCGCUCUUCCUCCUCAUCCUGCUCCUCUUCGCCUUCACCGUCUUCGCCUUCGUCGUCACCAACCGCGGCGCCGGGUGGGUCGUCUCCGGCAGGGGGUACAAGGAGUACCGCCUUGGGGACUACUCCACCUGGCUGCAGAGGAGGGUCGAGAACUCGCAGAACUGGGCCAAGAUCCGCAGCUGCCUCCAGGACGGCAAGGUGUGCGAGAAGCUCGCGGCCAGGAAGGAGACGGUCGCCCAGUUCGUCAACAGCAACCUCUCCCCGAUCCAGUCUGGAUGCUGCAAGCCACCGACAGGUUGCAACUUCACCUACCAGAGCGAGACUGUCUGGAUCAAGCCCGCUGGCUUCAACACUACAAGUACAACUGACGACCCCGACUGCACCACAUGGUCGAACGACCAGACCGUGCUCUGCUACGACUGCAUGGCCUGCAAGGCAGGCGUGCUCGCCAACCUGAAGAACGACUGGAAGAAGAUCGCCACCGUCAAUAUCAUCUUCCUGAUCUUCCUCAUCGUCGUCUACUCCGUUGGGUGCUGCGCGUUCAGGAACAAUCGGCAGGACAACUCGUACCCGGCCUGGAAAUGAGGUGCGCGUGGCAAUGUAUAGGUUGUUUAGUGUUUCGGUGAGCUCGGUUCGCGCCUGUGUCUAGCAAGCUACCGUAUGUAUUAAUGUGCUCGGGUCAUGUCACUUGUUGAUGCUGUUUUGCCCGCGAACGCAUGAUGAUAGCGUCUGAAGGCUAUUAUAUUAUCGAGAUAUGUGUCGAAAAAAUUAGGCGUAUUCUGCUGCUGCGUA